AUGCCCGACAUGUUGAUGCCCAAAAUCGUCUACGGAACAGCCUGGAAGAAGGACCGCACCGCGGACCUCGUCUAUACGGCGCUCAAGGCUGGAUUCCGGGGUGUAGACACUGCGUGUCAGCCCAAGCACUACCGCGAGGACCUUGUUGGCGAGGGUGUGCUGCGUGCGAUAAAGGAAGGUCUUGUGACCCGCGACGAGUUGUGGUUGCAGACCAAGUUCACAUCCAUCGACGGCCAGGAUCGCCGCCAGCCCUUGCCGUACGACCCCAAACUUCCCAUCCCGGAGCAGGUUAAACAAUCCAUCGCUCGGUCACUCACCAACCUCGGAGUGACUCGCAUCGACUCGGUGGUCCUGCACUCGCCCCUGCGCACGCGCGAAGCGACCCUCGCAGCGUACCGCGUCCUGGAGGACUUUGUCACAAAGGGAACAGUCGGGGCCAUUGGGGUGUCCAACAUCUAUGACGCGGACGAGCUGGCAUGGCUCAUUGGACAGGCCACGGUCCCAGUCUCGGUAGUGCAGAAUAGGUGGUAUCAGGACAAUGGGUGGGAUGGGGCCGUGUAUGAUCUCUGUCAGAAGCACGGAAUCAGGUAUCAGAGCUUUUGGACGCUCACUGGGUCGCCCGCUCUCUUGCAGUCGCCGCUCGUAGAGGCGCUGGCGACCAGCAAUGGUAUCACUCCGGAGCAGACCGUGUAUCGGCUGUGUCAGCUGUGGAACAUCACCCCGCUCUGCGGCUCGACGUCGCCGACCCACAUUGCCGAGGCGCUGGCCGUUGAGAACUCGUUCACCCUCGACGAACCUGCGGUGAAGCAACUCUGGAGUGUUAUGCAUGGUGAGAGGCCAUAG